UUGGCUGAGAGCGGUGAAAGUGAGCGUCUGUUGCUGAGAGAAAAGGGAGAGGGGGAGAGCAGUUUGCAAGGGGGCACCGAUGCGUCUGCUGCGCCACAUAAAGAGUUGUCCAGCUCUGAUGCAAACUUUUUUUAUUUUUAUUUUUUAUUAUUAUAGCAUGCACUUAUGCUCACGUUUCUCCCGUGUCACUAACACAACACAGAAAUAACUGGUUACAAUGCUACUUUUGCUACAGUUUGGACGCUUUGCACCUCCAUGGGUAGUAGCAGCCGCAUUGUGAUGCUUAUACCCGGUGCUGCGCCAACUUCUUUGUGGACAAGCCGAAGGGGUUGAUGCAUUAUCACCGUCUGCUCAGGGAUGGCACUUGUGCUGUCAAUUAUGGUAAACAUACUCCUUUUCAAAAGGGGAGGGGGCAUUUGUGCCUUUCUAUUGGCUCUCGGUUUGUUGCUCCCUCCUCUCGACCCUCCCUCAUGCUGUUCCUAUGGUUCCCAAAGCUCUUAUUGGAUACUGUAAAGUUUGGGACAGGACACCGGUCUGGCUCAGCAUCCUCGCCACCAUUGGCUGGAACCGCCCGUCUGUCAAGUGGACUUUGACAGCUCGCCACGCCCCUUAGUCUGUGGCGCCGGCACUGAUUUGCUACUGUACCUGUCAGCGACCUCUGAUUGGUCGGCUUGCCCAGCUGUUAGUGGUUCAUUCACCAUUUUGUGACUGUAGUGGAAAAGAAGACCGAUAGUUUUUUAUAUCUCUGUAUGAGUUUCUGUGGGGGAAAGACAUGUUUUGCGGAGGAAAAGUAAAGUGUGAGUCCGGACCGCACAGUCGUCAAAGCAGCCGACAGCAAAAGGAUGUUACCGAGAGUUACGAUACGAGCCUCCUCAUCAGCAAAAUAACACCAUAAAUCUUUCUCUCUGGCGACACAAAAAAAGAGGGGAGAAAAGCUCUUGUUUUGGAAAAGCGAAACUUAUACCGACCGGAGUGUGAGGUCCUGCACCUGUGUGUGAGGACGGCACAAUGAAUGUCCGGCAAUACAGAGGACAGAAGGACAGGGGAAGAAGAAGAAAAAAACAGAGAAAGAAAGGAGUGCCUUAGAAGUGGGAGAAAAGAGGAGCGCUAUAAACUCUGCAGCAGUUUGGGAACAUUGAAGUAAAGAUGAGACCGUUAAAGAAACACAGAGGGCGUUCUCCCCCGUUAACGAGAGGCAGAGGGGGGAGACGGAGAGGGGGCUCUCAGCCACUCCAAGUGAAAGACCCCAAAAGAGUCAAGAGGGAGACACUCGUCAAAACCACACAGCAUACACCCAACGCUCCAUCUACACGCAAACAGACCCCACCCACAGCCACCAACUCCAACGAAGAAGUCACAAACAGCAAUACCCCAACGAGGGAGGAGUCUACUGAGCUGAGGAAACCUGUGGAGCCGGUGGAGAAGAAGCCAGAAGAAAAGACAGAAAAUGAGAAGACAGUGGGCACGAAUGGAAAUAGUGCCAUGUCCACUGACACCGUAGCAUUUCCUACCUCUACUCCAGCGCCACUCUCCACAGCCACGCCCCCUCCAGCCGCCAAUCACAGCCCCAGUUUGGGCUCAGUCUCUAGUAGGAAAACAGCCACAUUUAAGGCUCGUGUACCCAAGAAAAAAUACACAUAUGAGCACUUUGCCAACAAUGCAAGUGCCCUGACUACCAUUCCUACCUCCAGCCCCGCACUCAUACACAACAGUUACUGCAGUAUUAAAAGCAAAAUCGGCGACAGUGUGAAUGUGCCCAAUAAAAAUUUCAAGAGUAGUAACAAUAUUAGUAAUAGCAUUAAUGUUAGCCUCAGUAGUAGUUCUAACAAUAACACUACAAGUGGUAUUAACAACCCAAUAAACAGUAGUAACAGUAGUGCUGGGAGCCAUAGUACUUUUAUCAAUAGCAGUAAUAAUAGAAGUAAUAAUUGCUCAGGUAAUCAGCCAUCAGUGCUAAAUGUGGACAGUAAAGCUGCAGAAGCAAACCUUUUCAUUUCCACAGAGGAGAGGGCCCUCAGGACAGCAGAUUCCCAGGAAAAGGAUGCCCAAACUGUGGAAAACGAGUCGGAGGGGGCCCCUAACUCGGUGCGCUCCUCAUCCACUGACACAGCUAGCGAGCAUUCAGCUGACCUGGACGCGAUGGAAGCAACAGGACCAAGCCUUCAUCAUCAAAAGAACUCCCACAUCCCAGCUCCCCUCCAUAACUCGCACCCUAAAGAGGCCGGUCUUUCAGAGGGGCUAGCUGAAGCUCUGGCCAAAGGCAUGAAAAACCAGAGAGUUCUAGCCCGCCAGAUAAAGAGGACCAUGGAGAGUGGGGUUGGGUCUGCAGGGGAAAGAGGGGUUAAGGAGAUGGAGUCAUGUCUUGUAUCACCUGUGUUCAGACCGGGGGUGGUGCGUAGAGUGAGUGGAGGUACUGUUGAAGUCCAGCUCCAAGGAGAGGAGACCCUUGUUAAAUACCCUUUUCAUGGUGGGACCGUGAUGACUACGUCAUCAGGAGCUGAGAACACUGUGGAGUUCAUUUUGGACGCCCCCCCACCGGGCAUGGCACCUGUGGCUGUGGGGACACAAGUGUGUGUGCCCUUUGGUGGAGAGGAGGGAGGUCCCCUGCUGUACAGAGAGGGGAUUAUUGCUCAGGUGGACCCCCACCCUGGUGUCUCAUUUCCUUACCAGGUGCUCCUGAGUGAAGACAGAGAGACUCUGGAUGACGGAGGGGUGGGGGAAGAGAAAGAGAAAAGGAAAUCUAAUGCUCAAGCUGUGUGGGUGUCCAGGCAGAGUCUUAGACUUCUCACUCCUCCUUGGGAGGUCUCGCAUUUGGAUGGUGGGAGGGCCAAGGAGAGAGAGCGGGAGAGAGAAAGGGAAGAGAGGGAGCGACGGGAGGAGAUGGAGGUAGAGAGGGAAGUGUGCCAGUUGAGCAUUGGGAUGGGCGUGCUGGGAGGGGGAGCAAGGUUGGGCCACAGUUUUUCACAUGAAGGGGUCGCCUAUAGAAAUGUACAUCCACCGCCCCAUUCCAGUGUAACUAGCAGCACAGUUCACGGCUGCGGAGAUAACUACACUGACAGAGCCAAACAGCCAAACACUCCAGAGGAGGACGUUGAGGUGUCUCGUUUUAACAUGGGCCUCACUGUUGGUCCUAAGCCAAACGCUGUGGCCUCUCAGCACAGAAACAUCAUCUCCAAGUCCAGUGGUUACCCUCCCUCCUCCCCUCACCUCUCCGUGGUGCGAGGUCUAGGACCACCACACGUCUCCACCUUAGCUACUCCUCAGCCACCCCCUUCCCCUGCCUUACUGGGGUCUGAAAUGAACAACACCACUCCAAACCUACCUCCAUCAAAGACCACUCCUACUCAGACCCCUACUUCCACUUCUGGUGGGGGGUCCUCCUCUACCUCCUCUCGCUCCAGGACUCCCCUCUCGUUGGCUCAGCAGAAAUACAAGAAGGGCGAUGUGGUGUGCACCCCUAACGGUAUCCGUAAGAAGUUUAAUGGUAAGCAGUGGAGGAGGCUGUGCUCCAGGGAGGGUUGUAUGAAGGAGUCACAGCGUCGAGGAUACUGCUCCAGACACUUGUCCAUGAGGACCAAAGAGAUGGAGGCAGCAGGGGGAGAAAGGGGAGGAGGAGGAGGAGGAGGCAACAGUUCAGGGACAGUCACCCCCUCUGACCUGCGGGGGAGAGCAAGCAGUGAGUUUGAGUGGGAUGACACAUCAAGAGAGAGCAGUGAGACCAGCAGCAGAGGAGACUCUAGGCCCCGCUUGGUCCUCCCUUCGCUCCUCCCCCAUGACCUGUCUUCACGCUUUGACUUUGAUGAGUGUGAGGCCGCCACCAUGCUUGUGUCAUUAGGGAGCUCCCGCUCUGGCACCCCUUCCUUUUCUCCCAUCUCCAACCAGUCUCCCUUCUCCCCUGCCCCCUCUCCUUCACCCUCCCCGCUAUUUGGCUUCAGGCCGGCCAACUUCUCCCCGAUUACUGCCUCCCCGGUCCUCCAACACCGGAGGCACAGGCAACCCAGUGGGACGGGGGGAGGAGGAGGGGCAGGGGGCAGUAAGGCAACAACCCCAGCUGGUGGAGGAGAAAGAGAGAGACAGACUUCAGGCAUCCAGCCCUCCUUCCACAGUAACCUAAUGUUUACAGUCCCCAUGAGCCCCAGCAAACGAAAGCCCGACGCUCCUCCUCCACCACCGCUUCCCUCACACCACCAUGAUUACACACCCAAGACAGAGCUGGAGCAGGGGGAGCUCAACAACUCUUUCAGGGUGCUGUCCCCCCAGACACCAGCUUCACAUUCCCGCACACACACACCCACCUUCUCCCGACCCAGAGGAGUGACUACCCCCUCCUCUAGCAGGCCGCCAUCCUCCACUGCUGUCUCCCCUCCUCCUCUGCUGGUAUCUCCCACUCCUCCUUCUCCUCUCACUCCCGAUGGAGGGCCUCGUCGUGUGGUCCCCGUAUCCCAACAGGCCUUGCGGGAUUCCCCUGUCAUUGUGAGGAAUCCCGAAGUCCCACUGGCAAAAUUUACAGAGUGUCCCCUGGGAAGAGGAGGAGGAGGAAGUGUAAAUGAGGGAGGGACAGAUAACACCUCAUCUAAAGACAUCAGUCUAACACCCCUUACCCCUCAGCCAAUUUCUGGCCUCCAGGUUCCCGUCCCCAUUAACGCUGCAGCAGCCACAGUACCCAAUGGCACCGUCCUCUUACGAAGCCCAGCUCAAACUCUGGUGCUUGUGUCCCCAACACCUUCCUCCCUGCCCACCACUGACACCCCUACCACCCCGCUGCAGGCCCUGUCAGUUACAGUCAGCACAACAGUCACAGCUCCCGUUCCAAAUAGCACGGACAGCUCCGGGGAUCGCGAGGAGAACAGGGGGACUGGGUUUGGGGGUGAGGUCCAGCAGCCUGUUCCCUGUCAUCCUUCUCCUACGGCCCUGCUGCCCUUGAUCCUCCCAGCCGAAAGCCUUCACCCCGCCCCACGAAAAGACAUCAUCAUGGGACGUCCUGGCACAGUCUGGACCAAUGUCGAGCCCCGGUCAGUUCCAGUCUUCCCCUGGCAUUCAUUGGUCCCUUUCCUGGCACCCACCCAAUCAGAUGCUUCUUCUCAGCCAGGAGAGGGCCCACACCCAGUCAACCACCCCCAGGCAGCCAGUCUGAAGACAGAGUGUCAGGGGGUGGCAGCGCUGUCACAGGAGCCUGCAGAGGCACCUCCCACUGUACAGAUAGGUCCUGUGUCCCGGCCUAUCCCCCCUUCUGACGAGCCGCCUCCAGAGAAGGAGAAAGGAGAAGCAGAGAGGGAGAGGCCUGACAGCGAGACAGAGAGUGACGUGGAUGACCCCUUCCUUCCUGGAGUUGUACCAGAGCAGCCCCUCACUACAUCACCAGUGAAGAGACGCACUCAGUCUCUCAGUGCGCUGCCCAAAGACGGAGAUAAGAAUAGUCCUGGAAAGAGGGAGAAGGACCACAUCCGGCGACCAAUGAAUGCAUUUAUGAUUUUCAGUAAGCGCCAUCGAGCGUUGGUGCAUCAGCGGCACCCAAACCAGGACAACAGGACAGUCAGCAAGAUUCUUGGGGAGUGGUGGUAUGCUCUGGGACCUAAGGAGAAGCAAAAAUACCAUGAUCUGGCCUUCCAGGUAAAAGAGGCCCACUUUAAGGCCCACCCAGACUGGAAAUGGUGCAACAAAGACAGGAAGAAGUCCAGCUCUGAAGGCCGUGGGGUACCAGGGGGCAAAGACAUCAGAGAGAGGAGCAUGUCUGAGUCCACAGAGCCCCAUUCUGUGGAGCUAAAGGGGGUUGGUCAAGGUCUGGUGGGCGUGUCUGAAAGGAGCGCAGGAGAAGGUCAUGCGGGUCAGCUUACCCGUCCCCGAGCCUUCUCUCAGAGUGCCAUGCACAGCCUGGAGCGGGGUGACAGGGGUAAUACACAGGCCCUGGCAGAACUGGCACAGAUGUGUGGGGAUGGUGGUAGUCAGUUUUCGAGUCAUGCCCCGCCCCUGUCACAGUCCCAGCGCGGAGUCAGCGAGGACAUGACCAGUGACGAGGAGCGCAUGGUCAUCUGCGAGGAGGAGGGAGACGAUGAUGUCAUCGAGGACCCUUAUCCUAGCAGCUCCAUAGACCUCAAGUGUAAGGAGCGGGUGACUGACAGCGACAGUGAGAAUGGUUCUGGAGAUGAAAGUGAUCGGAAGAGAGUUUUCGCUCCAGUCAUCUGCUCCUCUGCAUUAUCAUCUUCCUCACACCAUACUCCUCAUGGAAGGAGUGUCUCAUUGUCCUCUUACCCCACCAGUAAGCGUUAUGAUGAGGCGAGAUCAAGUGGGGGAGGGUUUUCAGAUCAUAGGAGGAAGGAAAGAGGAGAGGGAGAGGUUAAGGACACAUUCGGAGGGGAGGCAGCAGGAGGAAUGCAAGCCACUUCUCUCUCCCUCUCUUCUGGCCAGUCAGUCAUCUCCACUUCUCCAGCUGGAGGGCCAUCAUCCUCAUCAGUCGGCUCAUUGGGCACAAACCUGCCCAUGGGAAUUGGCGCUGUAAGGGUGGCCUCUACUGUGGUGACCAAUGUAAUGCGUCCUGUUAUCAGCACACCACUCCCCAUCCUCAGCAAACCCAGAGAUGGAGGCACAUCAUCUAGCCCGCAUCCACCAGAGAGGAAGUCCCUGACUCCUCAGCAACAGCCGCAGCUUCUCAUUGGUUCAGGACCAGGAGGCGGGGCCACGGCUACAGGGGGUGGGUACUACUCUUCGUCAUCACCUAAUCCUGUAGGUGCAGGCGUGGGCCCAGGUGGUGUAGUGACUAAUUUGGUGUUAGGAGGGGCUCUGUCUGCUCAACCUGCUGUACAGCUCAUCACCCCCUCCCCGCAGCCUCAGCCCCCCCAGCAGCAGGCACUUUCCUCCGCUGCUGUUACAGCACCGCAUAGCCAAACCAACGGGCCCCUGCCUCUGCCUCUGCUUCAGCCCCAGUUCCUACCCGCCUCUUCACUAGCACCCCCUGGGGGUAAGGCCAUCACACAAGUUCAGUACAUCCUGCCCACCCUACCUGCCAACACCCACCCCAAGAGUCCACCUCAGCACCUCAGCCAGCCAACCAGUAUCUUCAACCUGCCCACAGCUCCACCCACACACAUGUCCCUGGCCAAUGGGAAGCAGCAGGGUACGGGUUCACUGACGGGAUAUUCGUCCAGCUCUGCAGUGGGAGUUGUCAGCCCGGGAACUAGAGUGCAAACACAGUCUCCAGUGCUCCAGGGUAAAAUGCUUGUUCCCAUGGCAACAGUACGAACUGCACCAGCCCCUGCCCAGCAGUUUCCCAUAGUGGCUCCACCUCUUCCUGUCCAGAACGGGGCUCAGGCCGGAAGCAAGAUCAUCCAGAUCGCUCCCAUGCCUGUGGUCCAGUCCCAGCUGCCGCAGGGUGGAGCAGUCCAUCCUGCCAGCCCUUUCCCUGUGACAGUGGGCACAGCAGCUGUGGUGGCUCCAGGAUCAGCCCCCUCCCAGGCUGUGCUGCUACCACCCGCACCUACCAGGAUCACCUAUGUCCAGUCCACUCCAGGGGUCCCAUCCACUCUGCCUCUGGUCUCCACGACAACAGGCUCUUCCACCACCCAGCAAGCCCUGCCAGGAUCUGCAUAUGUUCCAUCUCCCCUAGCAACACUCGGGUUCACAGCCAUUGCACCACCUGGACAGACGCUGGUUCAGCCACUGAUUGCAGGUCAGCCACCGCUCCUAGCCCCAGCUCAGUCUCCAUCACCCUCCACCUCAGCCCCUGCCUCAUGCGGCCAGAUAGUGACCGCCAUCUACCCUCCUUCACCUAGCGUCACCAUGGCAACAGGGGUGGUCUCCAUGACAGCGGUGCCCCCCAGCGUGGUAUACUCCGUCUCCAGCCCUUCCAGCGCUUCUCCCCACAUCCUGUCCAAGUACACGGUGACACCCACCACAAUCACGCACCCGCAUCCACAGCUCCAUCUUGACAGACAGGCAGACAGGCACCUGCCUCCGGACAGACCUGCAGAUCGACAGACUGACAGACAGGCUGAGAGGCAGACAGAACUGCUGAUGCAUUCGGACAGACAGUUGGAGAGGCAGCCACAGACUUCUAGCAGUAGCAGCUCAGUGGCACCUCCCAGUGGCUCAGCUGUGUGUAUAAGGCCCUGCAGUCCUCCGCUUCAGAUCCAAACACCUGGCAGUACACCAGGUACACCCAAACUAACCCAGCUUCCAGUCAGGACCCCUCAGAAAGUCAAGGCAACGGUGGCAAACAUCCCCGUGGGCAGCUACGAAGGAGGAGGCCGUGGAAAAGAGAGAGAGCGGGAGAAGGACAGGGAGAGGGAGCGGGAGAGAGAGAGGGAGCGAGAGCGGGAGAAGGACAGGGAGCGAGAAGCUUCAGCCAGUAGCCAAUUCUCAUUUGAUCCCGAGUCUCCACCAACACAUCCUGUCGAGGAGCCGCCGUCCUCCGACCGAGCCCAGGAGGGCUCCAGUGCAGCGGACUCCUCCGACACAUGCAACAGGGAAAGCACAACCACCAAAGAGGCUGGAUGGAAGGAGUCCCUCCCCUCCUCUCCUCUCCCCCCUCCAUCAGCCACAGAACCCGCCCUGCCUCCCCCGCAGACUGACAAAGACGGCCCCACACCUAAAAAAGUCAAAGCCCGCCCACCCCCACUUAAGAAGACAUUUGACUCUGUGGACAAGUCUGGCAGGGUGCUGUCGGAGGUGUAUUUCGAGGAGCGCUUUGCAGAGCUGCCAGAGUUUCGGCCUGAGGAGGUUUUACCUUCACCCACCCUGCAGAGUUUGGCCACUUCACCCCGUGCCAUUCUGGGCAGCUAUCGGCGCAAGAGGAAGAACUCUACAGAUUUGGACUCGGCCACUGACGAUCAAGUCUCCCCAAAGAGAAAGAGUCGGCGGCGCUCAAGCUGCAGCUCAGAGCCCAACACGCCUAAAAGUGCCGCCAAGUGCGAGGGAGACAUCUUCACCUUCGACAGAACAGCCACAGACGGAGAAGACAUCCUGACAGAACUGGAGUUUGACAAAGUGCCGUACUCCUCCCUGCGACGGACACUCGACCAGAGGCGAGCACUGGUCAUGCAGCUGUUCCAGGAGCAGGGCUUCUUUCCAUCAGCUCAGGCCACCGCAGCCUUCCAGACAAAAUACUCCGAUAUAUUCCCCACCAAGUUGUGUCUGCAGCUGAAGAUCAGGGAGGUCCGACAGAAGAUCAUGCAGACUGCUACCCCCUCUGAUGCCUCUGGUUUUGGCAUCCCUGACUCAACUGGCUCCCUCCCUGGACCUUCUGGCUCUCAGUCGGGAGAAGGAUCUGUGAGAGGCUGUGGGGACCUGCAGGAUGAACAAGAAGAACAAGGGACCGAGACGAGCCCCGAGGAUCCUCGUGAUUCACAGGACUCUUCUAGAUGAGGGGGGCGCUGACCAUUUUAGACUGACCAAUCAGUGACAGUUGACGUCACACCUUUACACACCCCUGACACCUUUUCACACUUUUCUUUCUUUUCUUUUUUUCUUCAAUCCACACUCUUAACUCCUCUCCUCUGGUCAAAUUUCUGAUUUUUUUUUUUUUCCACUUUCAGUAGCCAAACUGUGAGAGUGAGAGAUGUUUGUAUGCAAUGUUGGGAUUCUUGUGUGUUGGGAUGUGUGACCCUUGUACCAAAAAAACAAAAAAAAGACAUGUGAAAGACCAGUGGCACAAAAACACCACAACACACACACACACACACACACACUGCAGACAUUUGAUUCCCACACUUGAAUUAGCACUCUGUAUUAACCACCUUGGAGAAAGCUCCUAUUGAUGCCAGUGAACGAAGGACCAUUGUGUGCAGCAGCACUCUUUGUUUUAUUUUUUUUAAAUUUGCCUUGAAAAAGAAAUGGUUCUUGGACAGAGAGACCUGAGACGGAGAAAAGUCAGCAGGUUAAAAACAAGGACGUAACAUGUUUUGAUAUGUGUUUUUAAAUUAGAAUUAGACGAGUAAAAGCAGUGAGUAAGUGCUGCUCGAGGAACAAGCUGUGUGUAGACUUAACUGUUGUAAGCUUGUGUCUCGUUUCUGCUGACAUUAGGGGGCUGGGCCCUCAACAGCCAGAAACGAUUUGAUUUGACAAGAAGAACUCAUUGCUACGGACCUGGAAAGAUCAUUUUCUCCAUUGUAUUGCUCACACGUUAGACCUUCAGGGGAGGUUUAACCAGGAGUGACUGAAAACAAACAAACAAACUAACUGACUGAAACUCAAGUGGACUUCUGGCAGUGCCAUCAUUCCUGCAAAUUACCUGUCUGGCCAAGUCCUCCCUUCUUGCGACUGACCCAAGCACAUGCCAGUAGGAAGGAACCAAGCAUUCCUGUGCCUCUCAUUCGCUAGCCAUGAAGGAAGGAGGUGGGUCAGAGUCGACGGGCACAUCCUGGCUCUUAGUUAUAGAGGUCAGGCUGAUAUGGCCUUAAUCCUCUAUUGCCAAGCAGUUUUAUUAACUUUUUUUAAACAAUUUGAUUUGUAUUUAACAUUGUCAUAUUCAGUUUGUCGAUGUACUAUUCUUACGGUUAUUAUUAUUAUUGUUAUUAUUAUUAUUACUCCUCAUAUCAUUGCAGUGAAUUCCCUGGUCCUUUUUGUUUCCUACAUUUCUACCAGUUGUUGAUUUCUUGUACUAGUUUUUCUUUUCUUUUUUUUUUAUAUAUACAUAUAUAUAUCUAUAUGUGUGUGUAUAUAUCAUUUUUGGAGGCAGGUGAGAGAUGCUGCUCCACACCUGUACAGUUCCUCCAUUGUAGUCUUCCCUUGACUGGCCUCUCACCUCAGCAAGGACCUGCGGUGCAGUUGAUUUUUAUUGUUCAUUUCAAAGAGGACGACAAAACACAAUGUGGACCUUUUUAUUCUUUCAACAAGUAAUAAGCCGUAUGUUUUUAAGACAACCCCGUAUGCCUCUCUGUCCCCCCCGCCCCACUCGCUUUGAUUCUAUAGCCUCAACACUUGUACAUCUCCUUCCUCCACCUCUUUUCCUUCCCUCCUUCCUCCCUUUGUCACUUUAUUGCUCUCUCCAGACCUCCUUUUUUUAAGACGGGCGGAGAGAAAACCGGGGGAAGCGAGGGUUGGGUAAUGAAUCAAAGAGAGCUGGUAGGAUCUAAUACUGGUUGUGUCUUUGUGCAAGACUUGGUUGUGUUGUAAAUAAUUACUGUAGAGUCAGUAGACUCAUUAUAUUAUUGAUAAGGAAAAAAUCUGUCAUUGAACAUACGGGGGACUUUUAAGACACCCAUUACCGAGAGUAAAAACACAUGAAAUGGAAAAAAAACGAUAAUAAAUAUGGCUAUUAAUGUUUUUGUGUUAUAUUCCUUGUUUUGCUGUUCCAGUAUACAAGAGAGGAAUUUAUAUGAAUACCGGUAAUUUAAGUUUGUAUGUCUUUCAGUAUGCAAAUAAAAAUAGGUGUUCAAUUAAAGUGGUUUUAUCGCUG